UUUCGUGUUUCUGUGCAUUGCUGCGGUCGGAGCCUCGUGAUAUGCGGAGGCUUUACCAGUUCGCUCGACGGCUCUCCAUUUCACUCGAUAUAUAACCCAUCGCCUUCCCGUUCACGUUGACCUCUACCUUACAAACAAACGGGGAAUGAGGAGAUUUCUACAUCUUACCGGCUGACAACUUAUACCAGAGCCGAAUUUCUCCGCCUUUGUGUGUUUUUUCAUCUCUUCUCGUCGUUUGGCGAUAAACGGUGAAGACUUCAUGACACAACAAGAGGACCAGUGACUGUCCGUUUCUUUCUUUCCUGCUACCGGCGGAUGCGUCCCCAGUUGGGGCUGUGACCGGGUGUUGGGUGGAUAGGGUCGUUGGGCAUCAUGGCAGACGUGGAUCCGGACACAUUGCUGGAGUGGCUGCAGAUGGGACAGGGGGAUGAGCGGGAUAUGCAGCUCAUCGCCCUGGAGCAGCUGUGCAUGCUUUUGCUCAUGUCCGACAACGUCGACCGCUGCUUCGAAACGUGUCCUCCACGGACAUUUCUUCCAGCUUUGUGUAAGAUCUUUUUAGAUGAGAGCGCACCAGAUAAUGUGCUGGAAGUGACAGCCAGAGCUAUCACCUACUACCUGGAUGUGUCUGCCGAAUGCACCCGCAGGAUUGUGGGAGUAGAUGGAGCUAUCAAGGCCCUUUGUAACCGGCUGGUGGUGGUGGAGCUCAACAACAGAACCAGCAGAGAUUUGGCUGAACAGUGUGUAAAGGUUCUAGAGCUGAUCUGCACUAGGGAGUCUGGAGCAGUAUUCGAGGCCGGGGGACUGAACUGUGUGCUGAGCUUCAUUCGGGACAGUGGUCAUCUAGUGCACAAAGACACUUUGCACUCCGCCAUGUCAGUAGUUUCUCGUCUGUGCAGUAAGAUGGAGCCACAGGACUGUUCUCUCGAGACAUGCGUGGAGUCCCUCUCUAGUCUGCUGAAACACGAAGACCACCAGGUGUCUGACGGAGCGCUGCGCUGCUUUGCCUCACUGGCGGACAGGUUCACACGGCGUGGAGUUGACCCAGCUCCUCUAGCCAAGCACGGACUUACAGAAGAGCUGCUGUCCCGUAUGGCAGCAGCAGGUGGAACAGCAUCUGGACCGUCCUCCACCUGCAAACCUGGCAGAACCUCCAGCGGAGCGGCUCCAUCUGCUGCCGACUCUAAACUGAGCAACCAAGUGUCCACCAUCGUCAGCCUUCUGUCCACACUCUGCAGAGGCUCGCCACUUGUCACACAUGAUCUUCUGCGCUCCGAGCUGCCUGACUCUAUGGAGAGCGCCCUGCAGGGGGAUGAGCGUUGCGUGUUGGACACCAUGCGUCUGGUGGACUUACUGUUGGUGCUACUCUUUGAGGGCCGCAAGGCUUUGCCCAAAUCGACAGCUGGUUCCACUGGGCGUAUCCCAGGUCUGCGACGUCUCGACAGCUCUGGAGAACGUUCCCACCGACAGCUUAUUGACUGUAUACGCAGCAAAGACACAGACGCUCUCAUUGAUGCCAUCGACACCGGUGCAUUUGAAGUGAAUUUCAUGGAUGAUGUGGGUCAGACACUUUUGAACUGGGCCUCUGCUUUCGGCACACAAGAGAUGGUGGAGUUUCUCUGCGAGAGAGGUGCUGAUGUCAACCGAGGUCAGAGGUCAUCCUCACUGCACUAUGCUGCCUGUUUUGGCAGACCACAAGUAGCCAAGACUUUACUGCGCCAUGGGGCCAACCCUGACCUCAGAGAUGAAGAUGGGAAAACUCCAUUGGACAAGGCUAGAGAGAGGGGUCACAGCGAGGUUGUAGCAAUUCUUCAGUCUCCCGGAGACUGGAUGUGCCCUGUCAACAAAGGAGAUGACAAGAAAAAGAAGGAUGUAAAUAAAGAAGAGGAGGAGGGCAGUGAGCCGAAAGGUGACCCUGAGAUGGCACCUAUCUACCUGAAAAGGCUGCUUCCAGUAUUUGCACAGACAUUUCAGCAAACCAUGCUGCCUUCAAUAAGGAAAGCUAGUUUAGCUCUGAUCAGGAAGAUGGUGCACUACAGUUCUGAAGUUCUCCUCAAGGAGGUGUGCGACUCUGAUGCUGGACACAACUUGCCCACUGUACUCGUUGAGAUCACUGCGACCGUGUUGGAUCAGGAGGAUGAUGAUGACGGUCACCUGCUGGCACUACAGAUCAUUAGGGAUCUGGUGGAUAAGGGAGGUGACGUGUUUUUAGACCAGCUGGCCAGGCUGGGUGUCAUUAAUAAGGUUUCCACUCUGGCAGGACCCACGUCAGACGAUGAAAACGAAGAGGAGGCCAAGCCUGAGAAGGAUGAUGAACCUCAAGAAGAUGCCAAAGAGAUACAGCAGGGGAAACCCUACCACUGGAGGGACUGGUCUAUCAUUAGAGGCAGGGACUGUCUUUAUAUCUGGAGCGAUGCUGCUGCGUUGGAGCUCUCCAAUGGCAGCAAUGGUUGGUUCCGCUUCAUUUUGGAUGGUAAACUGGCCACUAUGUACUCCAGUGGAAGCCCUGAGGGAGGAUCUGACAGCUCUGAGAGCAGAAGUGAGUUUCUGGAGAAGCUGCAGCGUGCUAGGAGUCAGGUCAAACCAGUGACCGCCAGCCAGCCCAUCCUGUCCACACAAGGUCCCACCAAAUUAUCCGUGGGCAACUGGUCUCUUACUUGCCUGAAAGAGGGUGAGAUUGCCAUCCACAACUCGGAUGGACAGCAGGCCACCAUCCUCAAGGAAGACCUGCCAGGCUUUGUGUUUGAAUCAAACAGAGGCACUAAACACUCUUUUACUGCAGAAACGUCUCUAGGUUCUGAGUUCGUUACUGGCUGGACUGGUAAACGAGGAAGAAAGCUGAAAUCCAAAUUGGAAAAAACGAAACAGAAGGUCAAAACCAUGGCCAGAGAUCUAUAUGAUGAUCACUUCAAGGCUGUGGAGAGCAUGCCCAGAGGCGUUGUGGUCACGCUGAGAAACAUUGCCACACAGCUGGAGUCUGCUUGGGAGCUGCAUACUAACAGACAGUGCAUUGAGGGCGAAAACACGUGGCGAGACCUAAUGAAAACAGCUCUUGAGAAUUUAAUAGUUGUUCUUAAGGAUGAGAACACAAUUUCUCCCUAUGAAAUGUGCAGCAGUGGCCUUGUGCAAGCACUGUUUACUGUCCUCAGCAAUAGUGUGGAACUGGACCUUAAACAUGACUGCAAGCCUUUGAUGGAAAGAAUAAACGUGUUCAAGACUGCUUUUACUGAAAAUGAAGACGAUGAAAGCCGACCUGCAGUUGCCUUAAUUCGCAAACUCUUAGCAGUGUUAGAAUCGAUAGAGCGGCUACCUCUCCACUUAUAUGACACACCAGGCUCAACGUACAAUUUACAGAUUCUGACUAGAAGGUUACGUUUUCGUCUGGAGCGCGCUCCUGGCGAAACGGCCCUCAUCGACCGCACCGGCCGAAUGCUCAAAAUGGAGCCGCUUGCUACAGUUGAAUCACUGGAGCAGUAUCUCCUCAAAAUGGUGGCCAAGCAGUGGUAUGACUUUGACAGGGCCUCAUUCAUCUUUGUUAGGAAGCUCAGGGAGGGCCAGAGCUUCACCUUCAGACACCAGCAUGACUUUGAUGAGAAUGGGAUCGUGUACUGGAUUGGCACCAACGCCAAAACUGCGUAUGAAUGGGUAAACCCCGCAGCUUAUGGAUUAGUCGUGGUGACCUCCUCAGAGGGCAGGAACUUGCCUUACGGCCGACUCGAAGACAUCCUGAGCCGAGACAGCUCUGCUCUCAACUGCCACACAAAUGACGAUAAAAACGCCUGGUUUGCGAUUGACCUUGGUUUAUGGGUCAUUCCCUCGGCUUACACUCUCCGUCACGCACGUGGAUAUGGCCGCUCCGCCCUCCGCAACUGGGUGUUUCAAGUGUCCAAAGACGGUCAAAACUGGAUGACGCUCUACACGCACGUGGAUGACAGCUCUCUUAAUGAACCGGGGUCGACAGCCACGUGGCCGCUGGAUCCAUCCAAAGAUGAAAAGCAGGGCUGGAGGCACAUUCGCAUUAAACAGAUGGGGAAGAAUGCCAGCGGUCAAACACACUACCUCUCGCUGUCUGGUCUGGAGAUCUACGGCACUGUUACUGGUGUGUGUGAGGACCAGCUGGGUAAAGCCGUGAAGGAGGCCGAGGCUAACCUGAGACGCCAGCGUAGACUGUUUCGCAAUCAGGUGAUGAAGUACAUCGUUCCAGGGGCACGGGUGGUGCGCGGCAUCGACUGGAAGUGGCGGGAUCAGGAUGGUAAUCCCGCAGGAGAGGGCACCGUCACUGGAGAGGCCCACAAUGGCUGGAUUGAUGUCACCUGGGAUGCCGGUGGCUCAAACUCGUAUCGUAUGGGUGCGGAAGGGAAGUUUGACCUCAAGCUUGCACCAGGGUACGACCCUGAAUCAGCGCCGUCACCCAAACCUGUCUCAUCCACUGUUGCAGGCACGCCGCAGUCUUGGAGCAGCCUGGUGAAAAAUAACUGUCCAGACAAGGGCGGCUCGUCCUCCACAGCGGGGGCCAGUUCCUCCAGUCGCAAGGGUAGUAGCAGUUCGGUGUGUAGCGUGGCCAGCAGCAGCGAUAUUAGCCUCAGCUCCACCCGCGCGGAGCGCAGGGUCGAAAGCCUGUUGGAGCAGGGCAUGGGGAUCGUCGCGGGACCCCCUGGGGCGGAAGGACAAGAACCAAUUGUCGUGCUUUCCUCGGCAGAGGCUGGCUCCGCCUCCAGCACCAGCACGUUAACAGCGGAUACAGGAAGUGAAAGUGGCGAUCGCAUAACACCAGCACCCGAUGGCACUUUGAGACAGUCGGCUGAGUCUACAGCCAUCUCUAUGGGAAUCGUGAGCGUCAGCUCGCCCGAUGUCAGUUCGGUUUCAGAGUCGUCCAGUAAGGACGCUGCAUCCCAGAGGCCGUUGUGUUCCGCAACUAGUGCGCGGCUGUCCGUCAGCUCUCUUUUGGCAGCUGGAGCGCCUAUGAGCUCCAGCGCCAGUGUCCCUAACUUGUCCUCUCGUGAAGCAAGUCUGAUGGAGUCGUUUGUUCGCCGAGCACCCAAUAUGUCUCGCACCAACGCCACCAACAAUAUGAACCUAAGCCGAAGCAGCAGCGACAACAACACUAACACGCUUGGACGUAAUGUCAUGAGCACUGCCACUUCUCCUCUCAUGGGUGCGCAGAGCUUUCCUAACCUUACAUCCACUGGUACCACUUCAACUGUUACAAUGUCAACCUCCAUAGUAACCAGCAGCAAUAAUGUAGCCACGGCAACUACAGGUUUGUCCGUCGGGCAGUUGCUCAGUAACACGCUGACGACCAGCUUGACCUCUACAUCUAGCGAGAGUGACACAGGUCAGGAGGCUGAGUUUUCCCUCUAUGACUUCCUGGACAGUUGUCGGGCAAACACGCUGCUUGCAGAGUUGGAUGAUGAGGAAGACCUGCCAGAGCCGGACGACGACGACGAUGAGAACGAAGAUGACAAUCAGGAAGAACAGGAGUAUGAGGAAGUUCUGGUACGGUCCAGGGUCAACCUUGGUUACCACGUUCAUAUUCAUAGGGAGGAAGAGGAGUACGAAACCAAAGGGGGUCGACGCAGAACCUGGGAUGACGACUUUGUGCUGAAGAGACAGUUUUCUGCUCUAGUACCUGCAUUUGACCCCAGACCAGGCCGGACUAACGUCCAGCAAACUACUGACUUGGAUAUCGCUCCACCAGGUACACCUCGAUCAGAGGUACAAGAGGAGGUGGAGUGCACACCGUCCCCCCGUCUGGCUCUCAUCCUGAAAGUAGCAGGGCUGGGAACUACUCGAGAAGUUGAACUACCUCUCUCUAACUACAAGUCCACCAUCUUCUAUUAUGUCCAAAAACUUCUCCAGCUCUCAUGCAAUGGUGCUAUUAAACCUGACAAGCUUAGACGCAUCUGGGAGCCUACAUACACAAUAAUGUACAGAGAAUUGAAGGACUCUGACAAGGAAAGAGAGAGCGGAAAGAUGGGUUGCUGGUCUGUAGAGCAUGUGGAACAGUACCUUGGCACAGAUGAAUUACCAAAGAAUGACUUGAUAACCUACAUGCAGAAGAAUGCAGACUCAACUUUCCUGCGCCACUGGAAAUUAACCGGCUCUAAUAAAAGUAUUAGGAAAAACAGAAAUUGUUCGCAGCUCAUAGCUGCAUACAAGGACUUCUGCGAGCGUGGCUGCAGAUCUUCAGGCUUGAGCUCUGGGACGCUGUCCGCCACUCAGAGCUGUGAUAUACUGAGUGCUGCGCGGGAGCAGGCUCAAGCUAAGGCGGGCUCGGGCCAGAGCGCCUGCAGCGUGGAGGAUGUGCUGCAGCUCCUACGCAUCCUCUUCACCAUCGGGGGAGAACCUUUGUCCGGACGCACACUACAAGAAGAAAUGGAAGAGCUGCAGUUCAAUGCAUCACCUGAAGAAUUCACCAGCAAAAAGAUUACAACCAAAAUCCUGCAGCAGAUCGAGGAGCCACUGGCCCUGGCUAGUGGGGCUCUCCCAGACUGGUGUGAGCAGUUGACCAGCAAGUGUCCUUUCCUCAUCCCCUUUGAAACACGGCAGCUUUACUUCACCUGCACUGCGUUUGGAGCCUCCAGGGCUAUAGUCUGGCUCCAGAACCGAAGAGAAGCCACUAUGGAGCGUUCCCGUCCAUCCACCACGGUGCGUCGUGAUGAUCCAGGGGAGUUUCGUGUGGGCAGGCUCAAACACGAGCGUGUCAAGGUGCCUCGUGGAGAGAGCAUGAUGGAGUGGGCUGAGAGCGUGAUGCAGAUCCACGCUGACAGAAAGUCUGUGCUAGAGGUUGAGUUCCAGGGGGAGGAGGGAACUGGUCUUGGUCCCACCUUGGAGUUUUACGCGCUGGUGGCUGCAGAGUUCCAGAGGACCUCACUUGGUAUUUGGCUUUGUGAUGACGACUUCCCAGAUGAUGAGUCACGUCAGGUGGAUCUGGGCGGUGGCUUAAAACCACCCGGCUUCUACGUUCAACGUUCCUGCGGCCUUUUCCCCGCUCCCUUUCCCCAAGACAGCGAUGAACUUGAGCGCAUCACUAAGCUUUUCCUAUUUCUUGGCAUCUUUCUGGCCAAAUGCAUCCAGGAUAACCGGCUUGUGGACCUGCCCGUCUCCCAACCCUUCUUCAAGUUGCUCUGUAUGGGCGACAUCAAAAGCAACAUGAGUAAGCUCCUUUACCAAACCCGUGUCGAGUCGGAUUGCCACUUCUCCGAGAUUCAGUCGGAGGCCUCCACCGAGGAGGGUCAGGACACGUAUUCUGUGGGUAGCUUUGAUGAAGACUCAAAGUCUGAGUUUAUCCUUGACCCACCCAAGCCUAAGCCACCAGCUUGGUAUCACGGCAUCCUGACCUGGGAGGACUUUGAACUUGUAAAUCCCCAUAGAGCACAGUUUCUGAAAGAGCUGAAGGCGCUUUCUGUAAAGAGAAGGCAUAUGCUGAGCAAUAAAAGCCUGUCUGAAGAUGAAAAGAACACACGGCUGCAAGAUCUCAUGUUGAAGAACCCUAUGGGUUCUGGCCCACCACUUAGUGUAGAAGAUCUAGGAUUAAAUUUCCAGUUCUGCCCAUCGUCCAAAGUACACGGCUUCUCAACAGUGGACCUGAAGCCCAAUGGAGAGGAUAUGAUGGUCACCAUGGACAAUGCAGAGGAUUAUGUAGAGCUCAUGUUUGAUUUCUGCAUGCACACUGGAAUCCAGAAACAAAUGGAGGCCUUCAGAGAGGGCUUUAUCAAAGUGUUCCCUAUGGAGAAGCUUAGUUCAUUUAGUCAUAAAGAAGUGCAGAUGAUCCUUUGUGGCAACCAGUCUCCAUCCUGGACCGCUGAGGAUAUUGUUAACUACACAGAACCCAAACUGGGUUUCACACGUGACAGUCCUGGUUUCCUGCGCUUUGUGCGAGUGCUGUGUGGAAUGUCAUCUGAUGAGAGGAAAGCCUUCCUUCAAUUCACUACAGGCUGCUCAACUCUACCCCCUGGUGGACUAGCCAACCUGCACCCACGUCUCACAAUAGUCCGAAAGGUUGAUGCAACAGAUGCCAGCUAUCCUUCUGUUAACACAUGUGUGCACUACUUGAAGUUGCCUGAGUAUUCCUCCGAAGAGAUCAUGAGAGAGCGCCUCCUUGCUGCCACUAUGGAGAAGGGCUUCCACCUCAACUGAGCAUGCUCUCCUCACAUUUUUGACCAACUCCCAUACCGGUGACGCCUGUUGUGUUUUGUUGCAGAAAAUAAAAGCUGUGCCCUGAUGAAAUGCCAUCCCCCUUAUCGCCCAAGCACCCCACAUGUACCCAAAAAACAGGAAAAAAUGUCCCAUAGCAGCUCCACUAGCUACUGAAACAAACUAGGGCCUUGACCUCUCCUUCUUCACUUGACUGCUCUACAAGGCCUUUCCUAGGUCACUGUACUGCUUUAAGGGCUUGAGCCGCUGGCAGCCAGGGUAGUCUCACCUCAUUCAACUGUGUUUACUGUCAUUCUCCAGGUUCAGUGUAAAUUUCGGCAUGAAUCACCUUUUUCUGAUCCAGAUAGCACCAUCUCCAGCAUCAGACAACUGUCUCUCUGCACGAGGGGGACAUAAGCACACCUGCUUCUGUAGAGCUAACUUCUAGAGUGUUUGGGCAUUUCCUUAACAGGUUUUAAGUUUUACUAGUGCCUGCGUCGUUGAAAUAUUAGGAUUUUUUUUUCAUUUGUUUAACUUGAUCCGUCUGCAUACAAUCAUGCACAUGCUUUUGUUUCUGGGUAUUUUUCCGUUUUCGCUUCCGUUACUGUGUGAGUAUGUUUUCAACCGUUUCUUGCCCUGCUUAAGGAUUGAAGUCCCCGAGUGCAUUUGUGUAAUUUUACAAUAAAGCUAGAGAUACAGAAACACUGGUUCUGUGUGCAAGGCACAUUAAAAAAAAACAAAGCAAAAGCAAGCUGUGCUUUCCCUUGUAUUUUCUUUGUAUAUUAUAAACAUUUAUUUAACUCAAGUUGCAGGUUGAAGUAAACAAAUAUUUUCAAAUGUGUAUGCUCCAAAAAUAAUCAUUAAAAUGUUUGCAAAGUAUAAACCA